AUGGAGGUGGAGAGGGAUGAGAACUGGGACAUGGCGGCAGAAUAUAGAGAGCUGAGGAUAGAGGAGGGAGAGGUGGAGAGGGAGCAGGAUGGAGAGAGAGGUGAGAACACAGACGCAGAGCUGAACCAGGAGUGGAGAGACGACAGUGAGACACAGAGCGAUCAGGUUGAGAGGCCUCUGCCGGGCGUUGAUGUGAUCGAUCCGGUGUCACAGAGAAAGCCCUUCUCCUUCCUCACCUCCACUCUGUCCCUCGAGCAGCCGGCCGACAAUGAGUCAGAGUCCGGGGGGAGUCAAUCUGAUGGCAGCGUGUCGGCUGCCAGCAUCUCCGGUCUGUCUCUGGCCGCCGCAGGGGCAGGCGGGCGCAGAGCUGCAGUGCUGCCAGGCCCUUGGCUCCCUCCCAGCGAACAGAGGGUGGCACAGGUUGAAGGAGGGGAGACGAGCCCAGGAGGGCAGACAGAGCAGGAGGGAGGAAGACAAAGAAGAAGAAACCCUUUCUCUUUACUUUUCAAAAGGAAGUAG